AAUAUUUAAGGGGUUUGGAUACUUGGUCGUCACUCAAGGUCACCAGAAUCAUCUGGUCACUCUGUGUUGCAAGAUCAGUUUUCAUUAAAUCAAAUAAAAUCAGUUGGCGGGAUAUGAAGUUUAAUAUUUGUUUUGUUUUGGGUGGACCGGGUGCUGGGAAAGGUACAGUAUGCCAGCAAAUUGUGAAGGAAUAUGGAUUUGUACAUUUAUCUGCUGGUGAAUUACUUCGACAAGCUCGCGAUUCACCAGGUUCUGAAUUUGCUAGUGAAAUACAAGAACACAUGAAAAAUGGGACAAUCGUACCGGCUGAAAUUACCUGUGGCUUAUUAUAUCAAGCAAUGCGAAAAAAUUCUGAAAAUGCUAAUUGUACAAAUUUUCUUGUGGAUGGUUUUCCACGUAAUGAUGAAAAUCGUUUGUGUUGGGAAAAAGAUUUAGGCCCUCAUACGAUAUUAAAAAAUGUCAUUGUUUUAGAUUGUCCAGACGAUGUAUGUAUCCAACGUUGCCUUGGACGAAAGUCAAAUCGAGUGGACGAUAAUGAAGAAACAUUAAAGCAUCGUAUAAAACAAUUCAAAGAACAAUGUAUGCCGAUCAUUCAAUUCUAUGAAGCACAGAAUUUGGUGACCAGAAUUAAUGCAAAUAAGUCUAUACCUGAGGUAUAUGAACAGGUUCGAGAAAUGAUGAAAACCUUGAAUAUCAUCAGUUGCAAAUGAAGAACAGAAAAACCCUUAAUUCAACUUCCGUAUUUGUAUUUUACAAAAAUAAUACUAGUUGUAUUUGCUAUGACUUAUUUCUCUUUCUCCUUUAUUAAUAAAAAAGACAAUGCUGUUGCAUAAUGAUCAUUAUUUUAUAGUUGAUUCGAUAUAAACAAACACACCAUGCACUGAUUGUUUCUUAUUAUCGACUCCUAGAAAAUCAUAUAAGUCAAGAUUAUUUUUCAUUGGGAAGAAAAUUAUUUAAGUAGCAGAACUAUGCGAAAAUGAAGUAUCGGUGUAAAAUUAAAAUUAUUAAUUUCAAAUAUUUCUAUUUGAAUACAAAGAAAUGAUCCAACUUUGUCAGUUAUAACAGAAUCUAUUUUUUUUGUUUUGCAGAAAGAGAUGCGAUUUUCUUGGCUUUAUAUUCUUUGAUAAUCAUGUCAUAACGUGUAAUAAUAAUAAUAAUAAAAUAUAUUGCCCAAUGAGUGUUAUUUCACACACAAUUGAUUUCGAAAUUGUACAGCUUUGUAGAUGUUCUAUUUUGUAAUCCAUAAGCUUACGAUUAUUUCAAAUUAUGAAGGAUAUUUAAUAUGAACGGAAGCGACGUGUUCUAGAGAGCUCGUCGACUUAUCUUCACAAGAGUAAUCUCCUUAAACGACUGAGAGAAGGUAAGAAUUCGAGAGGAAUCUGAUAUGUUCCAAACAGUUAAUAUUGUAAUACAAUUUUAUAUUGGCAACAACCAUGACUGUUAAACCACAAAAAUGAUAGUAACCAAUCGAAUGAUAAUAAAAGAUUGGUGGUGUUAUAUCAAUAAAGGAAAAGUUCCUGAAGAAACUAAAUUCUGCGAGGCAUUCCUAGUUAUUAUGCACAUUACAAAAAACAUAAUGAAUUUCAGCUCUAAAAGAUAUUUAACUCAUCAAAUUUCUUUUUGUACAUAAUUGUAGAUAAUGGAUACACGAUAGGAAAACAUGUUCUGAUUAUAUGUUAAUAAAUAUCGCACCUCGGACCACACUCGUUUAGCUACUGAUAAAUCUGCACUAAUAUAAAUCCAUCCGUGUAAUUACAUGUAGGAUUGUAAAAUAUUUGAUUGCAGUGUCGUAGUUUGCAUGCUAAUAAAUUUUUAAAGGUACCAUCACUUCCGAUCGCAUAAUUGUCUCUGAAGUGGAUAUUAUUUAAAAACUUCUGACCCCAUAUCGCAAAUAAAAGAGAGUUGUAGUCUACUGGACAGAUGUGUAUGAACAAUGAACUCAAAUACGUAUAUGUACAAUAGACUGAUCCAUCUAUUUCAAAACAAUAAUGACAUGGCAUUAGUAAUUGAAUGAUGAACUCAAAAACUAGUGUUUUCCACAACUUUUCAGUGGCGGCUAGGAAUCAAAAUACAGUAAGGCAAAUGUUUACAUUACAGAAGACUAGCAACUUUCGUAGUUUGUCC